AACAGCAGUAGGAGGUCAGACAGAGAGGAGGUCCCUUCCUGAGUGGAGCCCUCUCUCCUUCCUCUCCACUCCCAUGGACUGAAACCUGCACAAAGUUCCAUCUUAAUCCUAGGAGUUUUCUGCCAACUUUGAAGAUGAGGGACCAAGAGGACAGCAGCAGCAGCAACAACAGCAGCAGCAGCAACAGUAGCACCUCUGCGUCUCAGUCAGAGGAAGAGCUUGUGGACGAAGAGAAGGACGGAGAUGAAGACAAGGAUGAAAGUCAGAGUAACACCACAGGACCCAGUAUCUCUGAAGUCUCCUCCACACUGCGUGCCGUCAUGCGCAUCAAACAGAAGUACCAGGCCUUGAAGAAGCGGCGUCAGGAGAUGAACCUGGCGCUGGCAGCAGUAGAUUCCCUCCCAGGAGCUCCGAUUCGAACCAGCCCAAAAAUUUUCACCUUUGAUGGAGUGUCCCCCUCGUUCUCUGUUCUUCAGAAGAAAAAAAAGAAAAGAAGGAAGAGAGUUUUGUUUCCCAACCGAGGACACAGAGUGUCACCAAAACAGGAGCGCAGCCGAGCCAAAUACUGCCUUUACCUGCUGUGUUUUAUUGUCUUCCUGCAGGUCUACAACGCCAUAGAGAAUUUAGACGACCACGUGCUCAGAUAUGACCUGGAGGGUUUGGAGAAGACGUUGAGGAGAGAGGUGUUUGGACAGCAGGGGGCAGUGGAGGGUCUACUGUCCCACCUGAAGGAGUACCUGUCCACUUAUGUUCACAAGAAGCCCUUGGUUGUGUCCAUCCACGGUCCCAGCGGUGUGGGCAAGAGCCACCUGGGACGUCUGAUGGCGGGACACUUCCGCUCGGUGGUUGAUGAGUCGCUGGUACUGCAGUACUACAUCCUGCACCACUGCCCCCAGGAGGCAGAGGCCCAAAAAUGUGCCGCGGACCUUUCUACUCUCAUCUCGCAAAUGGUGGAGCGUGCGGAGGAGGAGGAGAAGAUCCCGCUGUUCAUUUUUGAUGAGGUGGAGCACAUGCACACAGAGAUCCUGGACAUGCUGUGGCAGCUGGUGGCCACCAGGCAGUCCAAUGAAUACCUGAACGCCAUCUACCUGUUCUUCAGCAACCUGGGCCACGCCCACAUCACUAAGUAUAUGCUCCACAACUCCUCCAGUACAUCGAUGGCCCUGAGGGCGUCCCAUCGUCAACAGAACCUGGUCAAAGACCUGACGUCAAUAUUACACAACACUUUGGAUAGUCUUCACCAUCUGUGGGCCGAGGCGGCUCUGUUACCGUUUGGCCUGUUGGACAAAGGUCAUGUGAUGCAGUGCUUCCUGGAGGAAAUGUCUCGGGAGGGUUUCUACCCAGAUCGUACCAACAUAGAGCGUCUGGCAGCUGAGAUAGAGUACUACCCUGCUGUAGGCGGGCGGGAAUAUUCCCACACAGGGUGUAAACAAGUGGUGGCCAAGGUCAACCUGCUGUGAGAGAAGGUGGAGUUUUGACCUUGAAUAGACUCUGAAUCCUAUGAAGAUGUUUGAAAAAGUCCUGUUGAUACUUGGCUCUGACCUUCACCUGCAGAUGUAUCUCUGUUCAGGACUGUUCUCCAGAGGAAAGUAUUGUUCUUGUUUCUAUUAGCUGUAGCCUCAGUGGGAUCAUUUUGAUCACUGACUCUGUCAGUUCCUGACUUUUCUUUCUGAGCAGGUUGGACUGAUGUACAGAUUGGUCAGUUUGUCGUUGGAGUGACUUACAAUUGAUUUCAGUCAAUGACAUGAACUCAGUGCUGCUGCAGGGAGGACACAAGAAAAUAGAUUUUGUACAAAAUUCCAUUCUGGAAUUGCAUCUCGGUGUCCUUAGAUCCUCGCGUUACGUCAACAUUGACCCAUUCAUUUCACAUGAGGACGUCGACCCACGCUAACGUCUUCUGACAGCAGCGUAAUUACUGUCUUGUUUCCGUUUGUUUGCUGAUAUUUUGCCGUUGUUUGUGUUUCUUUGCUGCGUCUGCAGAUGUAGAGUAGAACUGUGCCAGUCAAUAAUCCAGGUAGAACAGUGAUGAUAAAGGAGCUGACGGCUGA